AUGUAUUACUCAGCAGGGAAAGCCUAUCUGAAGAAGGAAGAGACGCUAGUUUUUAUAAUUACGAUCCUCACACUGAAUUGAGCUAGUUUGGGUUUUCCCCAUGAGUUCAAGCAACUCUUUCCUGGAUUCGGUGCCCACUUUAGUGAAGACCUCGAUAAUUUGAGUAGAAUAGCAUCCAGCCUGAUCCCAAAAAAUACAAAUUAA